UUCAUGUUUGGCCGGUUUUUUGCGAAUGUUUUUUUCGGCCAAAAACAGCAAUAAUUAAAUGAAAGGUGGGGAUUUAUAAAAAGAAAACAUGAGUGGAGCAGUUUACGGAGGCGACGAAGUCGGAGCAUUAGUUUUUGAUAUUGGACACAAUUCCUUGAGAGCCGGCUAUGCAGGAGAAGAUAGUCCUAAAGUGGAUAUACCCACUUCUAUUGGUGUAUGGUUGGAUUCAGAGGAAGAUAAUAAACAAAAUUAUAACAUUGGGGUGCUAUCCAUACAUGUUCGAAGACCAGAAAUGGAGAUUACUUCAUUUCUUAAAGAGGGCAUGAUAGAAAACUGGGAUAUGUUUGAAAACUUGAUGGACUAUGUUUAUAAUAAUGCUUUGAAAGCUAUCCCGAGAGACCACCCUAUAUUACUAACCGAACCACCUUGGAUUACAGCUCCUAAAAGAGAGCAAAUGGCGGAAUUAAUGUUUGAAAAAUAUAACGUUCCAGCGUUAUACCUAGCCAAAAAUGCCAGUUUAGCGGCUUAUGCAAAUGGUAGACCAACAUGUCUAGUAGUAGACAGCGGAGCUACGCACACAAGUGCUGUACCUAUACAUGAUGGGUAUGUUUUGACGCAAGCUGUGGUGAAAUCACCAGUAGGCGGAGAUUAUUUAAGCAUGCAAUGCAGAAAUUAUCUUACUGAAAGGGGUAUUGACAUUGUACCGCCCUGUAUGGUAGCCUCAAAAGAAUUGGUCAAAAACGACGAAAACCCCAUAUGGAAAAAAAGGCCCACACCUUCAAAUCUCACUGACUCCUGGAUGAAUUACAUGAUAAAAGAAGUAAUGCAAGACUUUCAAUCUACCGUUUUGCAAGUUUCCGAUAGUUUAUAUGACGAAGAAAUUAUAAAAACGAUGCCGGCAAGUCAAUACGAAUUUCCCAAUGGCUUUCAUAGGGAUUUUGGGGUCGAGAGGUUUAAAAUACCGGAACCUUUAUUCAACCCAACCUCAAAGGCGGGAAUACAACAACCUAUUUUAGGCGUGGGACCUUUAGUGACAACUAGUGUUGGGAUGUGCGACAUAGAUAUCAGACCAGCUAUGUAUGGUAGUGUGGUUGUGACAGGGGGUAACUCUAACCUACAAGGUUUUACCGAAAGGCUGAAUCGCGAUUUAGCAGCUAAAACACCACCGAGUAUGAGGUUAAAAAUUAUAUCAGCCCCUGGGGCUUCAGAAAGACGGUUUGGGGCUUGGACAGGGGGCUCCAUUUUAAGCUCAUUGGGCUCCUUCCAGCAGUUAUGGGUUUCGAAGCAAGAAUAUGAAGAGGGAGGCAAGGCUAUAGUCCAAUCAAAAUGUCUUUAAAUUUAUACGUGUUCAAGGCAAAUUUUCAGUAUUAUUUUUUUAUUAUUUUUAUACAUUAUAGACUGACCAUCUUUUACGGUUGUGAUUUCGAAGGCAAUAUUCAAUUUUUUUGAAAAUUUUUUAUACUUAUAAUUGCUAGUCUUAAAACGUACUUUUAUUUUUGUGAUAUUUAUGUUUUUCGUGGCAAUAUGUGGUUCCUAUAAUAUUUGUAUUUUUGUGUACUAGUUUUAAUGAAUAUGUGCCAAUAUAUUAUAC